CCUUUAACUGCUAGUUCUCUCAGUUUGCACUGAACAUUUUAGUCCCCCAAUGAAAUGCUGCAUUCCAUAUGCUUGAUGUUAUGACUCUAUAGUAUAUGAUACAUGGGGAUUUUGUGUUAUUCCAAUGUGAAUGCUUAACAUUUUUACAAAUUGUGUACCAGGAUGGAUUCAAGUGCUGCAAUUGUGGAGGGUAUAGCAAAAGAGUUUACUAGAUGGCAAGCAAAGGUUGAAGAAAGAGACAUAAUAAGCGAAAUACAUGAAAGCAUUCUUGGCCACAUCUUGUCUUUCCUUCCAACAAUGGAGGCAGUGCGUACCAGUGUGUUAUCAAAAGGUUGGAUUGAUGUUUGGACAUCCAUCACCAAUCUAGAGUUCAAUGACAGUGUGCCUUUUUCUGGGAAGAAGAUGCAAAAGGAACAAUAUGAGUAUUUUGUGAACAAAAUGCUUCUUCACCUUGGCAAUUUAAGCACACAAAGUGUCUCUCUUUGUUUAACUUCUUAUCAUUAUGAACCAUCCAUGGUCGGUGCAUGGAUCUCCUCUAUAUUGGAAAAAGGAGUUCAGAAACUUCACAUUCAGUAUGCUGAUAAAGAUCACUUUCCUUCCCAUUCUCUCUUUAGUUGCAACUCUCUUGUGCAAUUGUCGCUUCAAAUGACAUGCAGUCUCAGUGUUCCAACCUUUGCAUGUCUUCCAAACCUUCAAACUCUUAGCAUUUCUGGGAUCAAGUUACUGAGUGAAUCCCCCAUCUAUUCAAAAGAUCUGAUUCUUAGCUUCCCACUUCUCAAAGUGUUUGAAGCAAGAGGGUGUGAGUGGUCAACUAAGCAGAAUCUUUGUAUACAAGCACCUCUACUUGAAAAGUGUUCCAUAUCAGUGUGGACCUCUCUAUCAAAUGAACCAUGCAAAUCUUUCAUCAAGAUUUUCUCUCCCCAUCUGACAGAUUUCUCUUACGAGGGUGAUCUUGAGAAGGAAAUCAUUCUUUCAAAUCCAUCAUCAGUUCAAACUGCUUCUGUAGUGAUUGUCAUUGAUGAAGACAGAAAAGAAAAUAUGGAAAAACUUGGGUUUCAAUCACAAAAACUUCUUACACAGAUCCGUGAAGUGGAACGCUUAAAGUUACUGUUGUACAAGGUUUUAGUGAAUGCUGCUGAUAUUUUCACCCUUCUACCAGCUUUUGGGAGAUUGACAUAUCUGCAACUUAAUGAAGUUACUGGUGAAGCUCUGCUGAACAUACUCCACAAUUCUCCUACGCUUGAGACUCUAGUUUUACAAAAUGGGGUAUUUGACUUCAAUAAAGAUGCUUUGGUUUCUACAUCAGUGCCUCAGUGCUUUCUGUCUAGCUUCAAAGCUUUUCAGUUCAAAGAGUUUAAUGUGCAUGAUCAUGAGCUUCUUCUGGCAAAAUUUGUGAUGGCAAAUGCAGCAGUCUUGGAGAAAAUGACUAUUUGUACUGCUUUUUGGCUGCAGUAUUCAGAUAUUGAUAUGGAGAGAGUUAAGGAACAGAUACUCUCUUUGCCAAAGUGUUCAAGCUCUCUCAUGAUACAAUUUUCUCAAGUCAAUGGUUCCUGAUGC